AUGGCUUCUCUAAUUUUACGUAUCAUAAUCAGCAAAACGACAAGUGCUCAGCAAGCUCCGAUUUUCGAACCCAACAGCCUUUGCAGGCGCUAUUCUUUUCAGCCACCCUUUGUCGAAUGCGACGACAAUUUCCUUCUUGACCGAAUUCACCUUCAUAUACAACAUUCCGACCUCUUGUUCACCCAUUUGUACAUCUGUUGUGUAUGCUCCGAACUGACUUUCCUCCCUAAUCCCUCACUUCAACCCGCGUUCUUCACACAACCACGCAUACCCUGUGAUACUCUCGUGAUAGGCAGCCGUGAGGCCAGCUUCGCCCAUGCCAUCUCGGCGGCAGGAGUGGUCCAUGCGUUGGCGCGUAGCUGCAAAGAAGCCCGACUCACAGCCUGUGGCUGUAGCCAAGCCGGGCGUCCGGAUCAGCUGCACCGCGAUUGGAUUUGGGGCGGUUGCGGCGACAACAUCGCGUAUGCCUACAGAUUUGCCAAGACCUUCAUCGAUGUCCGUGAAAAGGAGAAGAGCUACCCUCGGGGCUCGCCAGAGCUAGCCAGAAUGUUAAUGAAUUUACACAACAAUCGAGCAGGACGUCUUGUGAGUCACUGUGUAGAUGUAUCAGGUGAACUUAGAGCUGAGUGUGUGUGGGAAUAUUAA